GCCGCCCCGUCCGCGCCGGCCACACUGCCACCCGCGCCGGCGGUGCGCCCCGGUCCCGAGCCCCGCGCCCCGCUCCGGAGCCCCGCGCCCGCCCCGGACCCAGGUGCCUCGGCGCGCAGCGGCCGCCGGCCCAUGGCCCCCCCGGGGGGUGAGUAGGGACCGGAGCGCCCGGCGGAGCCCCCGCCCUCGGGAGCCGGGGCGCUAUGCGGGGGCGGCGCGGUGCGGAGGACGCCGCGCAGCUGCCCCCUCGGCGCGCCCGCGCCCCGCUCCCCGCGCCCCGGCCCGCGGCCCCCGACGGCGCCCGGGCCGCCGCCCGCCUGAGCCUCGCCUGCGCGCUGCUGCUGCUGCUGCUGACGCUGCCGGCCCGCGUGGACACGUCCUGGUGGUACAUCGGGGCGCUGGGGGCCCGAGUGAUCUGUGACAAUAUCCCUGGUCUGGUGAGCCGGCAGCGGCAGCUGUGCCAGCGUUACCCAGACAUCAUGCGCUCGGUGGGCGAGGGAGCCCGAGAGUGGAUCCGAGAGUGUCAGCACCAGUUCCGCCACCACCGCUGGAACUGCACCACCGUGGACCGGGACCACACUGUCUUUGGCCGUGUCAUGCUCCGAAGCAGCCGGGAGGCAGCGUUUGUGUACGCCAUCUCGUCCGCAGGGGUAGUUCACGCCAUCACCCGCGCCUGUAGCCAGGGGGAGCUGAGUGUGUGCAGCUGUGACCCCUACACCCGUGGCCGACACCAUGACCAGCGUGGGGACUUUGACUGGGGCGGCUGCAGUGACAACAUCCACUAUGGCGUUCGCUUUGCCAAGGCCUUCGUGGAUGCCAAGGAGAAGAGGCUCAAGGAUGCCCGGGCCCUCAUGAACUUACACAACAACCGCUGUGGCCGCACGGCCGUGCGGCGCUUUCUGAAGCUGGAGUGUAAGUGCCACGGCGUGAGCGGCUCCUGCACGCUGCGCACCUGCUGGCGAGCGCUCUCGGACUUCCGCCGUACGGGGGACUACCUGCGGCGGCGCUACGACGGGGCCGUGCAGGUGACGGCGACCCAGGACGGCGCCAACUUCACCGCGGCCCGCCAAGGGUACCGCCGCGCCACCCGGACCGACCUGGUCUACUUCGACAACUCCCCGGACUACUGUGUCUUGGACAAGGCCGCAGGUUCCUUAGGCACUGCAGGCCGUGUCUGCAGCAAGACAUCUAAAGGGACAGACGGCUGUGAAAUCAUGUGCUGUGGCCGAGGGUAUGACACAACUCGAGUCACCCGUGUCACCCAGUGUGAGUGCAAAUUCCACUGGUGCUGCGCUGUGCGGUGCAAGGAGUGCAGAAACACUGUGGACAUCCACACCUGCAAGGCCCCCAAGAAGGCAGAGUGGCUGGACCAGACCUGAACAUGCCAACACCUCACUCAUCCCUCCACUCCAAACAUCCUGACUCGGAAGCACAAGAUCUUUGCAUGCACACCUUCCACCACCCUCAACCCUGGGCUGCUACAGCUUCUAUUUAAGGACUUGGAGAGUGGCCCAGAGGGACUCUGGUGCCCUGGCUGGUUCCUUAGCCCUUGGAGGAGUCGACAGGGACGUAAGAAACUGAGCAGCUCCGACUCCCUGCUCUGGAGGCUAGGAGGGGGGCGGAAGAGGUGUAGGUGUGAUAUGAGUUGCACUAAAGUACGCGGUCGAGCUCGUGUCUCCUCACUGGCUUCCUGACACUUCUGUGUGUGCGAGAGGAGAGGCACCAGAGAGCGCUUCCUUUCGCCCCUGCCUGGCUGAGGGAGGAUAGGACAGAGGUGAAACCACUAUCUCCUCCCUAGCUCAGUUUGAGCAGACCGCCUGGUUCCCAAAACAACCUCUUGGGCUGCAACGUUCUUUCAUUAUGGAGAGGGAGAUGAGAGUUAGCCACAGUGGACAAGAUUCCAUUCAUAUGCUCAUGUGUUUCUAAACUGCUGUUUUGUAAGGGGAAAAUUAUAUAACUAUACAAACAUA